GCCACCACAACAUGCCUUCCUACACGUCCCAUGUACAUCUUCUUGGUCCACAGUGUCCUUAACUGUAAGUACAGUGCGUCGUCUCCCGCCAUGGAUCCAAUCGAAGGGUUACCACCUUCAUGCUACUACGUCCCCAGUUUCAUUACUCCCUCCGAGGAGCAGCAGAUCCUCAACGACAUCCACAAACUGCCCGAGUCCCGGUGGACUGUUCUCACUCACCGGCGGCUAUUGUCUCUGCCCUCAACCCUGACCGGUCCUGCUCGUGACACUCUCCUUGCUUGCCCCCUGCCGGCCUACCUCGAUACGAUUGUCGCCCGGCUCGAACAAGGCAAAUAUUUUGAGAAUUCCACGCACAAGGCUCCGAAUCACGUCCUGAUCAAUGAAUACAAGCCCGGAGAAGGAAUCAUGCCUCACGAAGAUGGUCCUGCGUACGACCCAAUCACGGCGACAGUGAGCUUGGGCAGUCACACUGUCCUCGAGAUCUACAAAAAGAACGAAGCCGGCGAACGAGAAGCGAAGCCUACCUGGCGAAUCUUGCAAGAGCCUCGGAGUCUAUUGGUGACCACGGGCGAAAUGUACGUGAACACACUACACGGCAUUUCAGAGAUCCAGACGGACGAGAAUCUGGACGGCAAACAAAUCGUCAACUGGGAUCUCCUCGGUGACCAACGACCCUAUGAGACGGGACAAGCUCGGCGGCAGACACGCAUUAGUCUCACCUUACGUGACGUGAUCAAGGUUGCCAAACUGGGGGGUGCCCUGAAGUUUAUGAACAAAAGGCCAUAACGCUGUCUCUCCUAGUUCUGGCCCUUUGACAGAAUCUCUCCCCGUGGUGCUGGCAUCAUGGCUCCUUCGACUGGCUGGUGUCUGCUUUUGAAGUCGUCAACCAUUUCCGCCAUUGUUACCCAUUCGACGCCUUCGUGUUUGUUAAUGUGCUCGAUCAGCCUUUCAUGCAUGAGCAAGACGUGCGGCCUGCCCGAUACAUCUGGAUGGAUUGUCAUGGGAAAGUAAAACCCCUCUUUCUCCUCCCUGUAAAAAUAGUCGAAAUGGUCCUGGAAACACUCAGAAUCAGGAUCUCGAUGGGAGGACGGUUCCUACUUACCCGCCACAAAUCUUCAACGUCUCUUGGAUUUACCCAUCCAUGACUAUUUGGCACUUUUUUCUGCCCACGUUUGUCAGCUUUCCGGAAGUGAAUAUGGCAAGGAACUUCUUCCAUCGGCUCCAUCAAGCAGUUGAGGUCGGCCGCCACUUACCAUGAACAUCAUCGGCGGCAGAUCAUCCAGAUACCAGUUUGCUGGAAUUUCCACCAGCCCAGUUUCCUGGCCCUUGGUGAAAGGCUUCAUCCACUCUGCAGCUGUUUUGCUGUAAUCGAUCUUUGUCCAGUUGUCUCCUGUCCGGAGAUAGUAUGCCUGACAGUCGUGGUGGCUCAUGCUGUGGUCAUACUCAAUGCCAUAAUGAAGCAACAAUUCUGUUGCUUCUCUGCUGACCUCCCACCACGGAGCCACUAUUCCUCGGGGCGUCUUUCCAUGACAGAAGUCUGUGAGCAUCCGGUACGUAUAGUCCAGGACGUCGCGUUGUUGUUCGAAUGUCAUGUCGACGGGGUUCUCAUGGCUGUAUCCAUGCAAACCUAUCUCAUGCCCAGCGUCCCGGAUCAUAGCACAUUCUUCGGGGAAGGUUCUGUUGACGCGCCAAAGUCAGCUCGCAAAGAAGUCCAAGGACCAUCUCUCCCGGUUUUCAGUCGGUGCUAAGUCCAUACAGACACUUACUCUAAACUAUGGCCCGGGAUGAACCAAGACGCCUUGAUGUUGUAUUUGUCGAACAGCUUCAAUAACCUUCUCACACCUUCUGUGCCGGCGAAGUAACCUACUCAGACAGAACAUGAAGGUAUUUCUGUCAGCUCUCUGCUAUAGACUGUCUCUCGUAUCAUCCGUUGAGAGUGGCUUCCGUGUCAUGUCAGCCAAAAUUGGUUGAUCUCAACAUACCUCGAGAAAUGUCACUGGUCGAAUCUUCACCCUUGUAUGAGCCCAACCACCCUGCUAUUGCGUCUAUGUCAACGCCAUAUGACACGAGGAUCCGUCUCUUGGGCUUGGAAGUGUCCUCGGACAUUGUGUCGAUUGAUCUCGCAGAUAUUUCCCGUCGUCGACAACAACUCGCAAAUCACUCAAAGUCUACACAAGCAACGCACAAUAAGACUGGUUCGCGCCUUAGAGAAAGCCUUCCAACGUGAGCGGGUGCAGGACCGAUAACGCCCAUAUCUGCCCCGUGCCUGGAGAUGUCCGCCAUGAUCCUUUUCCAUGACGUUUGGAGAAUGUCCGAAGAGGUGCUGCAAGAUAUCCACUACCGUGUCUGGGACGAUCCAUGUGGAAGAUGCGGAGAGGCACCACCCACAGUCGCUGGGGUAGUCCAUAGUUCCACAGCAACUCUUAUCUCUUUGCCGGGAUCGACAACCUUGGCAAAACGACAUUCCUUUUCACCAGUUGCUUGACCAUGGGUUGGGUACAGAUUCCCGCAAAGGAAGGAGAUGGGCUCUCGUUAUCAGGGGUAUGCGUCUGGUGGACUCUGCACGGCCCAUACUUCUGUCAUCUCUGCGACAUAGCUGUCGUGAACUACCUACAACUCCACUGCCUUUGGCACACAAACUACAGCAGUUCUCCGCCUUGAGUCUACGAAGAACAUAGUACGAGAAGGAUGUAAUGCUUUGGGGAGUUGCCUCGGGACCAAUCCCAUUCCAUAUGCUUGCAAACUUGGCACCAUGAAAGCCGGCAUUCAAGGUAGAGUGACCUGCAAGAGACGAGACUCGAGGCGACCGGAGCGCAAAUGCUGUAGCGCAGGACGGAUUCUGUAUAUGCCUAUCUAACAC